UUUUUUUAAAUUUUGACAUUAAAUUUGACAGAUAAUUAAUAAUUUAAGAAAAAGGUUGCUUUUUCUUUUAAUUAAAUAAAACAGCACUAAAUUAAAAAUGAGUGUGCCAUUACCACCAGGAACGGGUUUAGAAAAUAUAGAUGGUGAACAAAUUAAGACUUUUAAAGACUUCUUAAUAUCUUAUAAUAAAUUAACAGAAAUGUGUUUUAUUGAUUGUGUUACUGAUUUUACUAGUAGGAACAUAAAGCACGCCGAGGAUAAAUGUGCAUUAAAUUGCUUAGAAAAGUUUCUUAAAGUAAACCAGAGGAUAUCACAACGGUUUCAAGAAUUCCAAGUUCUAGCUAAUGAAAAUGCAUUAGCUGCAGUGAAACAAACAGGCAGCUGAGUUGUGAAAAUUGAGAUAUUUUAGAAUGUUCCUAAAUAUUAGUCUUUUGUUAAAUUAGUUUUAAUGAUAUGGUAUGUAAAAUAAAUCACUAAGUGCGAGUGUCAUUAGAUUUCCAUGAGAUUUACUAAAACUA